AUGGCCGCCAGGGCCUCUCUGCCCCCUCAGGAGUACUACCCAGAGGAUCCGGCGCCGGCUGCCCGGCCUGCUGAAGACCCGGGAGGCUUUUAUAGAGGCGAGCAGCGCCCGCUGAGCAGAUCACUGUCUUAUUACGGGAUGACAGGUGGGGGCCAGCCCACGUGGGAUCAAGGACACGGCCGGCUUGCCGCCCCCGCUCCUACACCUGCUCCUCCCCCUCCCCCUCCCCCCCCUGCAACGGCUCAGGAGCUGAGCCGCUUGUAUAGGUGUCCUAUCACGGCUAAGAGCCUCCUGCCAGACGGCCAGCACGCUCGCAGCAGGGACCCUUCUCCAGCUCGCUACGGGGCCGAGCCACCUGUUCCCAGGUACGCGGCCGAGCCCCCUCUUCCUCCGCUGCCGCCUCCCCCUCUUGCCGGCCGCUCUGCGUACAGUCUGCUCGACGGGCGACCUGCCGACCCGCGGCAGACAGCAGCCACCUGCCUUGUGGUGGACCAGGCCUCCCAGGGAUCGGACGGGACGAUCAGCCGGAUGAUGCUGCGUCAGGAGAGCCCGUCCGCCUACGGCGCUGCCGCGCCUCAGCGGCUGCCCUACGACCCCGCCUACGAUCCUGCCGCCGCCGCCGCCAUGGCAACCCCCGCGCACCACCCUCAAGCGGCCACCGCCGCCGGCGCACUGGACCCGAAGAGGACUGUGGACCCCGAAUUCCUGGCGUUUCUACGGGCGGAGGGCCUCGCUGAGAGCACCAUCACCCUGCUCCUCCAGCACGGCUUUGACUCCGUGGCCAUGCUGGCUGUCAUGGAGGACCACGACGUGCGCUCGGUGGCGCCCAACCUGGGCCAGGCGCGGGUGCUGUCCCACGUGGUGCUGGCCUGCAGAACGGACCCGCAGCGGGGUGCAGGGGCCUACCCUCGCACCCGCUCCAACAGCUUCAGCCACCGCAACGACCUCUACCUGCAGCAGCAGGCCGCCGACCCCCACCUGAUGCAGCAGCCGCCCGGCACCCUGGCGUCCGUCUCCCCACGGAUAGGCGACUUUGCGGGCCGGCGGCCCAGCAGCGCCCCCUCCCAGCACCUCCUGGAGACCACCACCUACCGCGGUGCCCGUGGGCUCGGGGGCUACCCUGUCAGCCCGGGGGCGUACGCCGCCGCUGCCCCCGCCCCCGCCCCCGCGGCCCGCCCCACCUACAGCGCCCACACCGGCUUGUCCAUGUCCGCCGUGCAGCACCAGCCACCAGCCCUGCCCGCCGCCCCUGGUGCUGCGCCCAAGACCUUCUCCACCAACUACACGGUGCCCAUGGAGCUAAUGAAGAGGGCACCCAGCCUGCCGCCCGCCUCGCCCAUCCAGAGCCCCCACCACAGCCCGCAGCUGCUCCGCAAGGGGGCGGUGGCGGGGGUGGCGGCAAUGCCGGCGGUGCCGGUUGAGAGCGCUCUGACACCCGCCGUUGCCGCUUCCUCGUCCCUCCAGCCACAGGGCACUGGCCUCCCGAACCUCAAGCCCACCCGCCGCACGGGCCCGCCUGUCAUCGUGUCCACCAUGGCGUCGCCCGACUCAAGUAUCCGGCCCCAGAUCAUGAACGGGCCCAUGCACCCGCGCCCCCUGGUGGCGCUGCUGGAUGGGCGUGACUGCACGGUGGAGAUGCCCAUCCUCAAAGACCUGGCCACUGUGGCAUUCUGCGAUGCCCAGUCCACUCAGGAGAUCCACGAGAAGGUCCUGAAUGAGGCGGUGGGAGCCAUGAUGUACCACACCAUCACGCUUACCCGGGAGGACCUGGAAAAGUUCAAGGCCCUGAGGAUCAUCAUCCGGAUCGGCAGCGGCUACGACAACAUCGACAUCAAGGCCGCAGGAGAGCUGGGGAUCGCCGUGUGCAACAUCCCCUCGGCGGCAGUGGAGGAGACGGCCGACUCCACCAUGUGCCACAUCCUGAACCUGUACCGGCGGAACACCUGGCUGUACCAGGCGCUGCGGGAGGGCACGCGCGUGCAGAGCGUGGAGCAGAUCCGCGAGGUGGCGUCCGGCGCCGCCCGCAUCCGGGGCGAGACCCUGGGGCUCAUCGGCUUCGGUCGCACCGGGCAGGCGGUGGCCGUGCGGGCCAAGGUGUUCGGCUUCAACGUGAUCUUCUACGACCCGUACCUGCAGGACGGGCUGGAGCGGUCUCUGGGCGUGCAGCGCGUCUACACCCUGCAGGACCUGCUCUACCAGAGCGACUGCGUCUCGCUGCACUGCAACCUCAACGAGCACAACCACCACCUGAUCAACGACUUCACCAUCAAGCAGAUGCGGCAGGGGGCGUUCCUGGUGAACGCGGCGCGGGGCGGCCUGGUGGACGAGAAGGCCCUGGCCCAGGCGCUGAAGGAGGGGAGGAUACGCGGCGCGGCCCUGGACGUCCACGAGUCCGAGCCCUUCAGCUUCGCCCAGGGCCCCCUGAAGGAUGCGCCGAACCUGAUAUGCACCCCGCACACAGCCUGGUACAGUGAGCAGGCCUCCCUGGAGAUGAGGGAGGCAGCUGCCACCGAGAUCCGCCGAGCCAUCACCGGUCGCAUCCCCGACAGCCUACGGAACUGCGUCAACAAGGAGUUCUUCAUCACCACGGCGCCCUGGGGGGUGAUAGAACAGCAAGCAGUGCAUCCCGAGCUCAACGGCGCCGCCUACAGCCGAGUGAACCAAACGCUACAGGCCGUAGCGCCCGCUGGUGUCCAAGACAAAUAAUAUACCUAAAUCAGAACCAGGUAAAUACUCUGACCCCCUGAGCCCGUCUGGCCCGGGGCCCAGGGAUAGAUGCAUUUUUGUUUUUUCCCUUUAUACUUUGUUACUGCCUUUUGUCCUAAUGAUGCACCACCGACCCAAAGACUCCCCGCUCCCUCCCCUCCUCGUCCUCCUCCUCCCCACACCACAACAGAUGAAAAGUACUGAAUACACAACACACACAGAGGUCUUUCUCUCAUAUAAUGACAGUGUAGGCUCUUGCCUUGGAGCACAUUGCUCUAAUUCACAGCAAGGGCGCGUCGUAGCUUUAGCGGUUAGCAGUUAGCAGGUAGAUGCACAGGUGUGAGAUGGUAGGCCUCAGGCCUGUUGGCUGGAGUUGCAGCAGCCAGACAUGAAGGAGCCCGUAGGUUCCUGACCGUAGCCGGAUUUGAGAAAGGGUGACUGUGUGUCUUAGCCGUCUCCACCUCAUCCCUGUGCUCGUUCCUCUCCCCACUUCAUGCUCCACAACUUCAGACACACACAAUAUUUACACACUGCUGUGUAGCCUUUGCUGAAGACCAUGUCUGGUGGGCUUUUGAAAGCCACAUG